GUGUGCUGCAGAAUUGGAUGAACUGGGAGCGAGAGGGGCUUCACUGGGGUGUGGGCAUUUGCUUCCGAUAUUUGGUGCCGUUGGGGGGAAAACUUAUUUCACGCUGCCCGCCGCCGGAUGCAUGUUACAUAAGUCAAACCUGAACCUUUCCUAUUGUGCAACGUCAUGACAGGCGACACGACUCAGCAGAUCAAGUUGGAGGCGGCCAACGGAGACGGCACAGCCCUGAACAUUGCGCUCAGUCCAGAGGAGGAGAUGACAGAAAGGGGAGAAUGGGCCAGCAAAAUGGAGUUCAUUCUAUCCGUGGCCGGAGAAAUUAUCGGCCUUGGGAACGUGUGGCGUUUCCCCUAUCUUUGUUACAAGAACGGAGGAGGUGCUUUCUUCAUCCCCUAUCUCAUUUUCCUGUUUACUUGCGGCAUCCCCGUUUUCUUUCUGGAGACGGCGCUGGGACAAUACACCAGCGAAGGCGGCAUCACCUCCUGGAGGAAGAUUUGCCCUUUGUUUGAAGGAGUGGGUUAUGCCACUCAAGUGAUCGUGGCCCUGCUGAACAUCUACUACGUCAUCGUGUUAGCCUGGGCCAUCUUCUACCUGUCCAACUCUUUCAGCUGGGACCUGCCGUGGGCCUCGUGCAACAACACCUGGAACACGGGUUCCUGUGUGACGUUUCAGACGAGGAACAGCUCCGUAGGUGCCCUCGGGAAUGCGACCUCUCCGGUCAUUGAGUUCUGGGAACGCAGGGUGCUGAGAAUUUCCUCGGGUAUCGAUCACAUUGGCUCCUUGAAUUGGGAUUUGGUGAUCUGUCUGGCCAUUGCCUGGAUCAUUUGCUACUUCUGCAUCUGGAAGGGAGUCAAAUCCACCGGCAAGGUGGUUUACUUUACAGCCACGUUCCCAUAUGUGAUGUUGGUUAUCCUGUUGAUCCGAGGAGUCACCCUGCCAGGAGCGUCGCGGGGGAUUCACUUCUACCUCUACCCAGAUUUGGGGCGGCUUUCUGACCCACAGGUGUGGAUGGACGCCGGCACUCAGAUCUUCUUCUCCUACGCCAUCUGCCUCGGUUGCCUCACCGCAUUGGGAAGUUAUAACAAGUACAGCAACGACUGCUACAGGGAUUGUUUGUCUCUCUGCUUCCUGAACAGCGGCACUAGUUUUGUCGCGGGCUUCGCCAUUUUCUCCAUUUUGGGCUUCAUGUCGUACGAACAGGACGUUCCCAUCUCAGAGGUGGCCGAGUCUGGUCCAGGCUUGGCCUUCAUCGCUUAUCCACGCGCUGUGUCCAUGAUGCCUUUCUCGCCUCUGUGGGCCUGUUGCUUCUUCGUCAUGAUUGUCUUUCUGGGACUGGAUAGUCAAUUUGUGUGCGUGGAGAGCCUGGUGACGGCCGUGGUGGACAUGUACCCGUCCACCUUCCGGCGCAAACACCGCAGGGAGCUAUUCAUCCUCGCCGUGUCCGUGCUCUCCUUCCUCAUGGGCCUCAUCAUGCUCACUGAGGGAGGAAUGUAUAUCUUCCAGCUUUUUGACUACUACGCAGCCAGCGGGAUGUGUCUGCUCUUUGUGGCCAUUUUCGAGACGGUUUGCAUCGCGUGGGUUUACGGCGCAGACAAUUUCUAUGACAACAUCGAAGACAUGAUUGGUUAUCGUCCGAGUGCUGUCAUAAAGUACUGCUGGCUGUUUUUCACCCCUGCAACCUGCUUUGGAACAUUUGCCUUUGCCUUGAUCAAAUACUCCCCGUUAAAAUACAACAAUGAUUACGUGUACCCGUGGUGGGGCUACGGAAUUGGCUGGGUCCUCGCCCUAUCGUCCAUGCUGUGCAUUCCUCUUUGGGUGGCAGUUCAACUCCAUUCCACCUCUGGGUCACUACGACAGCGCCUCACUCGACUGACCACCCCUUGCGACAAUUUACCCAAGUGCAAACGGCAGCGGGAGAACUUGUUUUCUGACGGCCUCCAUCGGAAGGCGCCUCCGAGCAAAGACGGCUACUCCCCCGUCCACCAAGUGGAGUCCAAUUGCUCGAGGCUGCUGGGUCAAAGUUCAGUCUGACACCCACCCAAACACGUAAUGACAUACCUCAUCAGGGCAACGGACUCUUGGGAGUUACCUGAUUGACUGUCUUGAUACUGCUGCUCGCUGCCCAUCUUCAAAACCCUCCUCAAAACUCACUUGUAUUCUUUGGCAUUCGACUCAGCAUGACUUAGAUUUGUUCUUGGUUUUACUGUUUAUUGUGCAUGUUAAAUUGCUCCAUGUACAGCACUUUGUAUGCAGCGAUGGGCGUUUGAAAGUGCUCUAUAAAUACUGUUGACUUGACUUGCUGAUCUGGUGCUCAUGCAUAAUGUGCAUGGUUUCGAAAUUUGGAUAAACUAUAAGCGUCUCAUUGGCAAUUGCAGAGUCCAUCCAUCCAUCCAUCCAUUAUUAUUAUAUGGACACACAAUAAAAAAAAACAACAACCGUCAUUAUUCUCUUAUAGUCAGAUUCUUUUUCUUUUUUUACAUAAUAAAAGUGUACACUUGUA